CUGGGAUUCCACAGCCUACGUGCAGGCAGACAUGAGCGAGUAGCAGGGAAGUCUCCUGAUCCGUCAGUAUCAGAACCGGCGGAGGAAACGAUGCUCCGGAGAAGCCCGCUCCUGUUCCUCCUCCUCUGCGCCGUCCUGGUGGAGGCUCAGUAUGAGAAGUACAGCUUUAAAAGUUUCCCCCAGAUGGACAUCAUGCCUCUGGAGUCCGCCUACAGCUAUGCGCUGGAGCAGUACGCGGCUCAGAACUGGGCCGAGAGCGUCCGCUACCUGGAGCUCAGCCUGCGGCUCCACCGGCUGCUGCGGGACAGCGAAGCGUUCUGCGGCCGCAACUGCAGCUCCGUUAGUCGGGACCGAGACAGCCCCUCCUCGGACAGCAGCCUGCGCGUUGUGCGCCACAUCCUGCUGAGGGCUGCGUGUCUGAAAAAGUGCAAGGCGGACUUCCCGGUGUUUAAACUCUCCUACCCAAAGAGGGAUUUACUGGAAACCUUUGAGCAAAGGACUCCGUACAAGUACGUCCAGUAUGCGUACUACCAGCUGAACAACUUGGAGAAGGCUGUAGCAGCAGCUCACACCUUCCUGAAGAAAAACCCAGGUGAUCCAUCUCUGAGCAAAAACAUGAACUACUACAAGACCCUGUUCGAUGUGGAGGAGCAUCUCACCGACCUCGAGGAGCAGCCGUAUGAAAGUGUUUUCCUCAAGAGUGUGAUGCUCUACAACAAUGGGGACUUCAGCAGCAGUGCCAGAAACAUGGAGCAGGCCAUCACGCAGUACUAUGAGAGCUACAGCCUCUGCUUAGCAGGCUGCGAAGGCUCGUAUGAAAUCUUAGAGUUUAAGGACUUCUAUCCAACUUUGGCAGAUCUCUUCACUGAUGUGCUGAAGUGCAAAGUAAAAUGUGAGGAGCAGCUCACGCCCAACGUCGGAGGUUUCUUUGUGGAGAAGUUUGUCGCCACCAUGUACCACUACCUCCAGUUCUCAUAUUAUAAACUGAACGAUGUGAAGAACGCUGCUCCCUGUGCAGCCAGCUACAUGCUGUUUGAUUCUGACGACCAGGUGAUGAAGCAAAAUGUAGCUUAUUAUCGUUUCUACCGGGAGCAGUGGGGCCUGAAGGAAGAAGACUUUCUGCCUCGGCCUGAGGCUCUGAGUUAUUUCAACCAGACGAACAAACAGAAGGAGAUGCUCGAGUUUGCACGGAAUUACCUACAGACCGACGAUGAGGAUUUUGUGAGUCCAGAAGAAACAUCCAUCAUUCGCUCCGAACAUCCUGAUGCUGAAUUUGAGGGGAUGGGGGACUACGAGGAGUCCUUCCUGGCUGACUGGUGGCAGGAGCCCAAAACUAAGUGGGACAGUGGUGAGGUGGCAGAUUGACGUCUGGACCAAUCCCUGAGCUUAUAGGGGAUUCUUCUUCCUUGUCUAAAAUUACAAAAAGACAGUUGAACUUGCAGAAAUCUACAUUCCCAACACUGUUGACAGAAAAGAAGCAGAACUGGACAGACUGAGCCGGGAAAUAAAAGAUGGACCCAUGCACCAUGUUAAUCCAGAUUGACGUAUUCAGGUGUUUGGCUGCCAUCAGCCAAUUUUAAACUCUUGUUUUGUUCAUGAUGCGUCUGAAGGUUUUGAUUUACAGUUUUAUUAUUUAAGUGAGGCUUUGUGCUGUGGUGCGAGGAGGGUGUCCUCCUGAUGCUGUGUGUGGUUUUAGAAAAGGGUGCUCAGAAUUAAAAUAUUAUUUUAAUAACAUUUUGUGGAUUUUUCCUUAUCUGUAAGAAAAAACUUGCGGCACUAAUUAAAAAACAUAAAAUAGUCGCUUCAAAACCUCAGAGUUGCCAUGGUAACCCCACACGCCUGUCCCAACCUAUACCGCGCUGCUGCGGGCCGGCUCUGGACCAGGAAUGAGCUCCCCUGCCCCGCUAGGAAUAAAAAACACACCACCAUCACCUGCUGGAGCCUGUGGCGCGCUGCUGCGGGCCGGCUUCGACCCAGGAACAAGCUCCCCUGGACCGCUGGGA